AUGGCGGCGGCGGCGGUCGGGCGGGACACUUUACCUGAGCACUGGUCCUACGGCGUCUGCCGGGACGGCCGCGUCUUCUUCAUCAAUGACCAGCUCUGUUGCACCACCUGGCUGCACCCGCGCACUGGAGAGCCAGUCAACUCCGGCCACAUGAUCCGCUCAGACCUGCCCCGCGGCUGGGAGGAGGGCUUCACGGAGGAAGGCGCCAGCUACUUCAUCGACCAUAACCAGCACACCACAGCAUUCAGGCAUCCUGUGACCGGGCAGUUUUCUCCAGAAAAUAGUGAAUUCAUUCUUCAAGAAGAGCCAAACCCACAUAUGUCAAAGCAAGAGAGAAACCAAAGACCAUCCAGCAUGGUCAGUGAAACAUCCACAGCUGGUACGACAUCUACCCUGGAGGCCAAGCCUGGACCCAAGAUCAUUAAGUCCAGCAAUAAAGUCCACAGUUUUGGGAAGAGGGAACAGGCCAUUCGGAGAAACCCCAAUGUUCCAGUGGUGGUGAGGGGCUGGCUGCACAAGCAGGACAGUUCUGGGAUGAGACUGUGGAAAAGGAGGUGGUUUGUGCUUGCUGAUUACUGCUUGUUUUACUAUAAAGACAGCCGAGAAGAAGUGGUCCUGGGGAGCAUUCCUCUACCCAGCUAUGUGAUCUCACCUGUGGCCCCUGAGGAUCGCAUAAGUCGCAAGUACUCCUUUAAGGCUGUGCACACAGGGAUGCGAGCACUCAUCUACAACAGCUCUACGGUGGGCUCUCAGGCUGAGCAGUCAGGCAUGAGGACCUACUACUUCAGUGCUGAUACCCAGGAGGACAUGAACGCCUGGAUCAGAGCCAUGAACCAGGCUGCACAGGUGCUAUCUCGAUCGUCACUGAAGAGGGACAUGGAGAAGGUGGAGCGGCAGGCAGUGCCCCAAGCCAACCACACAGAAUUGUGUCGAGACUGUGGCCGUGUUGGACCUGGACAUUCGAGAGAUUGUCCUCAUUGUGGCCAUGAUGAUUCCUUYGGCUUUGAGAGGCGGGAGCAGGAGGAAGAGCGGUACCGUUCUCAAAAGGACCCACUGGAGGGGAAGAGGGACAGGAGCAAGUCCAGGUCCCCGUAUUCACCAGCAGAGGAGGAUUCCUUAUUUGUGGAUUUACCCAGUGGUCCGAGAGGCCAGCAGGCACAGCCACAGCGGGCAGAGAAGAAUGGUGUGCUCCCCAUCUAUACUCCAGGAGAGCAGAACGGGACUGGCGGGUACCAACGGGCCUUUCCUCCAAGGGCCAACCCAGAGAAGCACAGCCAGAGGAAGAGCAGCCUGGCCCAGGCAGAGGCCUGGGCAAAGGCCCAGAAGGGAGAUGGCAGAAGCCUUCCCUCAGACCAGACACUUCCUCGCCAGGGUCCUAGCCAACCCCUGUCCUUCCCAGAAAACUAUCAGACUCUGCCCAAGAGUGCCCGACACCCCUCGGGGGGCUCUUCACCCCCUCCCCGGAACCUGCCAAGUGACUACAAAUACGCACAAGAUCGAGCCAGUCACCUGAAGAUGUCCAGUGAGGAGCGCCGGGCACACCGGGAUGGCACCGUGUGGCAGCUGUAUGAGUGGCAGCAGCGCCAGCAGUUCCGGCAUGGUAGCCCCACAGCACCCAUCUGUGCUGGCUCCCUGGAGUUCUCUGACCAGGGCCGGAGCAGGAGCAUGCUGGAAGUGCCCCGCUCCAUCUCUGUGCCUCCAUCUCCCUCUGAUAUCCCUCCCCCCGGACCUCCAAGGGUCUUCCCACCUCGGCGGCCACACACGCCAGCAGAAAGGGUUACUGUGAAGCCACCGGACCAGAGGAGGAGUGUGGACAUCUCACUAGGGGCUUCUCCCAAAAAGGCACGUGGCCAUACCAUCAAGAACUCUUCUCAUGUGGACCGACGCUCCAUGCCCUCGAUGGGUUACAUGACCCACACUGUCAGUGCUCCCAGUUUACAUGGAAAAUCGGCUGAUGAUACCUACCUCCAGCUGAAGAAAGACUUGGAGUACCUGGAUCUAAAGAUGACAGGCCGAGACCUUCUCAAGGAUCGAAGUCUGAAGCCUAUGAAGAUCGCGGAGAGUGACAUUGACGUCAAACUGAGUGUCUUCUGUGAACAAGACAGGAUCCUCCAGGACUUGGAAGAUAAGAUACGAGCCCUCAAGGAGAACAAAGACCAGCUAGAAUCUGUGCUGGAGGUGUUGCACAGACAGAUGGAGCAGUACCGAGACCAGCCCCAGCACCUGGAGAAGAUUUCCUACCAGCAGAGGCUGCUGCAGGAAGACCUUGUCCACAUCCGAGCUGAGCUGUCCAGAGAGUCCACUGAGAUGGAAAAUGCCUGGAACGAGUACCUGAAGUUGGAGAGGGAUGUGGCGCAGCUGAAGCAGACCCUGCAGGAGCAACACAGAAGAGCCUUUUUUUUCCAGGAGAAAUCACAGAUACAGAAGGAUCUGUGGAGGAUCGAAGAUGUCCUUGCAGGCCUGAGCGCAAAUAAAGAGAACUAUAGAAUCCUGGUGGAAUCUGUCAAAAAUCCAGAGAGGAAAACGGUGCCUUUGUUCCCUCACCCGCCUGUGCCUUCACUCUCCACUUCUGAGAGCAAGCCACCCCUGCAGCCCAGCCCUCCCACCAGCCCUGUGCGGACCCCUUUGGAGGUUCGCCUCUUCCCGCAGCUGCAGACCUAUGUGCCGUACCGACCUCACCCACCCCAACUGAGGAAAGUGACAUCCCCCCUUCAGUCACCAACUAAGACAAAGCCCAAAGUGGAAGAGGAGGCACCUCCGAGACCCCCACUCCCUGAACUAUACAGCCCAGAAGACCAGCCUCCAGCUGUGCCACCUCUGCCAAGAGAGGCCACUAUCAUCCGACACACUUCUGUGCGGGGCCUCAAGCGGCAGUCGGAUGAGAGGAAGCGAGACCGAGAGCUGGGGCAGUGUGUGAAUGGGGACUCACGGGUGGAGCUGCGGUCAUACGUUAGUGAGCCCGAGCUGGCCACCCUCAGUGGGGACAUGACUCAGCCCUCCCUGGGACUUGAGGGACCUGAGAGCAGGUACCAGACACUGCCAGGCAGAGGGCUCUCAGGGUCCACAUCAAGGCUCCAGCAGUCGUCCACCAUCGCUCCCUAUGUCACGCUCCGGAGGGGUCUAAAUGCUGAAAACAGCAAGGUGACUUUUCUUAGACCCAAGAGUGCCUUGGAGCGCCUGUACUCAGGGGACCACCAGCGGGGCAAGAUGAGUGCAGAGGAGCAGCUUGAGCGCAUGAAGCGGCACCAGAAGGCCCUGGUCCGGGAGCGCAAGAAGACACUGAGCCAAGGAGAAAGGGCGGGCCUGCCCUCAUCCCGCUACCUAUACCAGCCUCUCCCUGGAGAUCUUGGCUCAUGGAAGCGAGAGCAGGACUUUGACCUGCAGUUACUGGACCGAGCCAUGCAAGGGGAAAGAAAAGACAAGGAGGAGAAUGGCUGGUUGAAAGUGCAGGCCCUGCCUGUCACAGAAUUGGACCUGGAACCUCAAGACUAUGACUUGGACAUCAGCAGAGAGCUAUCCAAACCAGAGAAGGUCUCUAUCCCUGAGCGUUACGUGGAGAUGGAUCCUGAAGAGCCACCUAGCCUGGAGGAGUUGCAGGCACGGUAUCGGAAAGCUGAGAAGAUUCGCAACAUCCUCGCCCGGUCAAGCAUGUGCAACCUGCAGCCGACGUCAGGCCAGGACCGCAACAGCCUGGCCGACCUGGACUCACAGCUGCAAGAGCAGGAGCGUAUCAUCAACAUCUCCUAUGCCUUGGCCUCUGAGGCCUCCCAGCGCAGUAAGCAGGUGGCAGCCCAGGCAGUGACGGAACCGUGACCCAUUGUGCAGAGGAAAAGCCUGGAGCCAGGGGCCCAGUGGAAUCAACUUUCUCCCAGGAGAUCGGCUUUUCUGCCCCCAUGGAAACCCCUUCCAGCUGAGCAAGGGUUCUGGCUGGAAGAAGGAGCAGUCCACCAAUCAUGGGACAAUCCCUAUGGGGCUCAGUCCUAACACACACUACUUUUUCAAUUCAGACUCCUUUUUACAAGCAACAAAAAGCACUUUUGAUAUACACUUGUAAAAUACUGACACUGUAUUUUAGAAUCAGAAUAUAUUUUAUAAUGUUCACCUCAAGGGCUGAGUGGCUGGAAAGGUGAGAAUGCAGGAUUUUGUUGCUGCACAUAUAAAUUCAGGUACUGUUGGGAUGGUAAGUGUGGGUGGUGGGGAUAAAGGCAGGGCAAGCAGAGGUCAGUCCCAACUACUGAUGAACUCAGGGGAAAGUUGGAUUGACAAUGUGCUUCCAGUGGAUUCCAGCAUUAAUCUUGUUGGCAUGCUGUCUGAGAAAAGAGGGCCCCUUGGCUGCAGAGAUGAGCCAUCCCUGACCUGACCUGACCUGACCUGACCUGACCUGAUGACCAGCUCUGGGUGAAACUCCACCAGUAUGCAAGGGGAACCCAAGUCUACAACUUGACCCUUGGUUUUGGUUUAGGGACAACAGUGUGAUCAAGAGCUUUGGCCUCUCCAACCUGCCCAGGAGGCUCCCUUAGCAAAGGGCUCUUCUCAGAAGAAAAGCAAUUUAUUAAAAAAAUAUAUACAUGCACACACAUACACAUUCAUUUUGAGGUACAGAAAAGGUAAGAUGAAUCAACUUUUUUGUAUUGUAGCAAUAAGCUCCACACUAGGUGACAUCUGUCUGAAAAUCCCUGACUGAAUGCUUCCCUUCAGGCAGGCUGUGUUGGGAACAUUGGCUGCCUGCCCUGGAGAGCCCCAGGUCAGCUGCUCUAGGACUUGGGUCUGGUAGCAACAGAACAAGCAAUGUGCUCUCCACCAUCCCCAAUGGGCCUGUCAUCAGUGGGGCCACCAUGGCAGGACUUGGACUUGACUUUCAGACCCAAAUGAGGAGGAGACUACCAAGCCAGGUGCAGUGUUUAUGAUCCUUUAUUUAAGUUAUAUCAUGAUAUUUUCUAUACAGAAAAUGAUGUUUAAAAGGAAAAAAACAGACACAAAAACCUCCAUUGGGUGGAGCCACACUUUAGAUCAAAAUUUAACUAUGCUCAGAAAAACAAACAAAAAUCUUGAAUAUAUUUAGAAGUUGCUAUCUAUUUUUAACUAACUCCAUAUGCUGCCAGUAUCA